AGUAGAGCAGGAGACCUGGAGAUAUAGUGCAGGGAAUAGUGGCACUGGGAGCAGAGAUUGACCUGGCCACAAAUGUGAGUGAGACAAUACCUGCAUUGUGUGUUAUGGUAUUAACUGUCUAACGGACUCCUCUGAUGUGGGCUGCUCACGAGGGUCAUGCUGAGGUGGCUACAUUUCUACUGGAGAAGGGAGCAUUUGUGGAUUUUCCAAUGCAAAUCUAUACUGCCACCUGUAGCAUAUUGUCUCUGCCGGCCUUGCAGCUGUAUAGCUGUUCCUAUUCAGCUAACAGUUCUAUCGAUAUAUUAUAUAGGACAACGCAGUUUAAUUAAACUUUCGUAUUAAGCUUUGUUGUUUAGCCCUUACAACGAGUAUUGUCGGUAACAGACAACUUCUCAAUCUGCUCUCUAUACGAGAUAAUUGAUGGCCCCGAAUAUUGAUGCUGCUCUAUAAUAGCACAACAAGAACUCAUUUGCAUUAUUAUAGUCUCGCAAACUUAAUUGUGCGUAAAACGACUAUAAUGAGUAGGAAGAGUAUGCAACUCCCACUAACCGUAGUAAGCAUUCUGUCUAACCUACAUCACAACCACAGUCAUGCUGUCGUAAGUUCUUAAAAUUAAUCUGCGAUGAACGAAUGGAUGAAUAAACGUUAGUGAUGAUUACUACUAAUUGCUUUUUCUUAUCAGCAUUGUUAUUGUUAUUGUUGUAUCUCAAGUGGCUGUGGUUACAUGCAAUAGUGAGUUUGCCUCCUGUGUACAGUCUAUUGGAGGUAGCGUACUCUUCCUCUUGGUCUUAUCUGUGUUAUAUGACUCUUUCUGUAGCUACAAUUCUUUGCUUUUGGCUCAUGUACUUUUUUAUGCACUCGGCAUUUGUCAUGGAUCACAGCAAAGGCUUUUCUUAUUUCGCCCCAUAAUAAUUAUAAGUUUCAUUGCAAUGCUGUGAAUAACCCCACCUCCUAUCAACAGACUAGUGAAUGCUAUCAGUGGAGAGGGGGGUGGAACAACCUUACUUUGUUCAUGCUAUGAAUGGAUGAAUAAACACUAGUGAAUGCUAUCAGUGGAAAGGGGGGUGGAACAACCUUACUUUGUUCAUGCUAUGAAUGGAUGAAUAAACGUUAGUGAUGUCUUAUUUCGCCCCUAAGUUUCAUUGCAAUGCUGUGAAUAACCCCACCUCCUGUCAACAGACUAGUGAAUGCUAUCAGUGGAAAGGGGGGUGGAACAACCUUACUUUGUUCAUGCUAUGACUGAUGUUAUGUACCUAAUCUAUACGCACUUUAAUUAUUCUUAUACUUGGUUAUAUAAUUCUACUGGCUUUAUGUCAUAUUUUUCUACUUUACGCAUGCAGGUGAUGCUGAGAAGUCAAAGGCAGUAUCUUACAAUUGCAUUGUUUAAUACAAUUUUAAUACUGUAUUGAUGUAUUGUUGUUAUUCUUUCUAAUGUUUGAAAUUGAUUUAGCACAAUACAAUCAGCACAACUGUUUCAGCACAUUAGAAUUCAGCACAUGUGCCGGUUUAGCACAUCAGGUUGUUUAGCACAUGUGCAAACGUGCUAAAACUGAAUACAUUCGUUUAGCACGGUUUUCUGUGCUAAAUCAGCAUGUUUUUUUUCUCUGUGUAUAGAUUAUUGGUUCAGUGAUUGAUCAUAUACCCUGACUUUUGUUAUUGUAGAUCGAGGCACAUUAUGGGAUUCCUUUAGGCCGCAAGAAGUCAAAGAAGACAGAGGAAUCGACUGAAGAUCAUAGUGAUGUUCUGUCUGUUAAGAAGUCCAACCACGUUCAGAAGAAGCUUGCUGCCAGGAAAUCCACCUCCAAGAUUGACCCACACGUAGAGGAGCAGUUCCUCACUGGAAGACUUCUAGCGUGCGUGUCAUCUCGACCAGGGCAGAGUGGCCGGUGUGAUGGGUACAUUCUAGAGGGCAAGGAGCUCGAGUUCUAUCAGAGAAACUCAAGUCCAAGAAGGGAAAAUAAAGUCUAUCAUGAAACUGUUUUCAUUAUGUCAUCUUGUAACUUUCCUGAUAUUGAUGAUUUGUUCUUGUGUUAUGAUGGAUCCUCACAAGUUUAUUCAUACAUGGGUGGUAUUGUCACACCCAGUAUUAAAUGGCUACUGAUUUUGAAUUUUGAAGGCCAUUAGCUGAGCUGGAAAGAAAGCAUGAGGUCCUCAGGAAACAAGUCAGCUGUCACUAUUGGUACCCUUGGUAUUGAUGAACCUCUACCAGAGCUAUCAAAGAUAUUUCCCAGGCCAAGCUGGCAGCUACAAGCUUGUGUAGUGUCAGUACUGAUAAACCCUCUCAUGUAUCGAGUGUACCAGAUACUAGUAACCAUUGGCUACAUCCUCUGUCCUAUUGGAACCAGUGGGUCCCUUUCAGCCUCCGCAUAUGCAUCUAACUUUGUGAUAUGUCCGGUGCCAGUGGUGGAUUUGAGCUGGACUGGAUUGUUUCCGUGUGAUCUGGGGUGGAGGGGAAGUGCCCUGGUCGUAGCUAUUGUAUCCGUGGUGUUUCUGGUGUCUUACUUGUUCAUCAGAGCUUGCUUGACUCGCUGGAAUCCACGAAGGAUCAUCAAACAGAUAGUAAAUUGCACAGUCAGAGAAAACGAGCGUAAAAGAGAAAGAGACAAGUUUGAUGUCUCUCUUGUAACAUUUUUUUUGACUCCUGUUCUGAGUUUUUCUCUGGUGGUGUUUUCACACCAUUUGCUGCUUCAGUGCGGAGAUGUGGAGUCUAAUCCAGGACCUGGAAACAUUGGUUAUGAGAGAAUGGUUUCUUGUGCUGAGAAGAUUGUUGAGGGCCUUUCCAGAGACCCCAGGGGACUGGCUACCCCACUGUCGGCUAGGGGACUGAUAUCUGACACUAUUAUGAUGCAGACAUUAAUAUUGAAUGAAACUAGAGUGUACAAAGCUAGAAGACUCUUCACAACUGUUUUAGAGGCUGUUAAGCUUAAUCCAUGGAGGUACAAUGAUUUCUUAGCGAUACUUCGAGAGCAUGGAGAAGUGUACACAGAUCUAUUGGAAAUGCUUGAAAUCAAAGAGAAAGGUGAAGCAACAACUGAAAGUGAACCCAUUCCUUCUGAGGAGGAAGUUGAAGCAAAACGUCAACAUCUUAAUGCUAUGAAUGAAAAGAUACAUCAGAGUGAUUUGAAACAAGUUUAUGAGCUAGUGUCUCCUGCUAUGACUGUCUGGUUCAACUUAGGAAUUGCUCUCGGACUAAGCUCAAGUAAACUGCUUGGCAUUGAGGAAAACAAUGUAAUUAGACCCGAUAAGUACCUCAUGAAGAUGCUUGAGAUCGUCCUUUAUACUAACACCAAUCUCACUUGGUCUGGUUUGUGUGAAGCCCUUAGGACACCAUCAGUGGCUCGUAAUUAUGUGGCAGAAGAUAUUGAAGCAAUGAUUCGUACAAAACGAAAAAGUCCAAUCCUUCGUAACGAUGGAAAUUCUGAGGAAGGACUGAAAAUCCCUCCAGCUCAGCGUUCAGAACCAGGGUCCUCCCCAGAAUACAGGACGAUGUUGACUAUCUCGGAUAAGUUGCUUGCAGAAUGUCGCAGUGAUACAGCUGACAUUGAAGUGGUGAGAGGCUACCUGGAGCAAGAAGACUGUGACGUCAAUAUCAGAGAUGAUUAUUGGGAAAGGAGUCCAUUGAUGUGGGCUCUUAACAACAAACACUUUGAUAUUGCUAAACUGCUCCUGCAAUACAAGCCUCAAGUUCGUAUUCAGGACAUGAAAGGGAUGUCUCCGUUGGUGCUGGCCAGUAGAGCAGGAGACCUGGAGAUAGUGCAGGGAAUAGUGGCACUGGGAGCAGAGAUUAACCUGCCCACAAAUGGAAGAACGACUCCUCUGAUGUGGGCUGCUCGAGUGGGUCAUGCCGAGGUGGUUACAUUUCUAUUGGAGAAGGGAGCAUUUGUGGAUUUCCCUGAUCUGAAUGGGUGGACUCCAGUCAUGGUAGCCAGUCAGGAAGGUCAUGUGGAUGUGGUGAAUAUCUUACUAAAGUAUGAUGCAAAGGCUAAUCAUAAAAGCAAUAUUGGGACGACUGCUCUAUCUUUGGGUGCCAAAUACAACCACCCCGAUGUAGUGAAGGUUCUUGAAAGUGCCAUGGUCCGUGACGAGCGAGUACAAGAUAUUGCAAACACCAAUGUUGAUGAAAGCCAUUCCAACGACAGUGGUGAUGAAGACUCAGAACAAGACAAAUAUCUUCAAAGAUUCAACGAGCUUAUGGAAGACACAGAACAAAUUGAUAUGCAAUAUUUGAAACUGUACCUCAUUGGACUCCCGGGUGUUGGCAAAACUACUUUUCGAAAGCGUUUAACUCGAUCCCUUGUCAAUAUAUCAUCUUUGCCUCUGAAGGACAGACAACAUUAUAGCACUCAUUUAGCAGAAUGCAUACAAACACUUUGCAUACUUCAAGACGAAAAACAUUUUGACGUAGAAAUUUCUGAAAGCCUGGAUGAUGAAAUGAAAGCAAUUUUCAAAUACUUGCUGGGAAAUACAGAAAUGAAGGAACCUGCUCCCACUGACUCUGACUCCACUCAGGCAAUUCACUCUGAAGGUCCUCUUGAUUCAAAUACCAGUCAGGAAUAUGAAGGAUCAUCAACUCAGCUCGAUUCCAGUCCAGUUGGGGAAUCUAACGAAACAACAGAACCAACUGAAAAAGACGAAACUAAAUCAAAGCUUUCCCGUGUGUUGGCAGAGAUCAGAGAAGUUGUUGCUUCUGGAAACUAUGCAGACUUUAUUUUAAGACACAAGAUUCUGCUCAAUAUUAUUGAUAUCGGUGGACAGCCUGGAUUUUUGGAGAUGCUUCCCUUCAUAUGUGGUGGUCCUGGAAUAUUUUUUGUUUUUUUCCCUUUAGACAAAGAAUUUGAUGAACAAUACCAAAUAUGCUAUCAGCGUGAUGAGGAUAGAAUAACACCGUACGAAGCAAACUAUUCGAUUCGAGAGACUAUUGCCCAAAUAUUGUCUGGAAUUAGCUACCACACAUCUGAAAUAUUGCCCAUAAACGACAAGUACAAACAAUUUACAAGUGUUAAACCAACUAUCACACUCAUUGGUACUUUUAAAGAUGAGCUUGAGCGUCAAAUGGAAAAAGAGGUCAGAGACACCAUGCAACAGCAAGUAAGCGGUUCUGAGGUGGUACAGCAGCAAAACACAGUUUCUGAGCAAGGGGCAACAAAAACAAGACAAAGAUUAGAAGAGCUCCACAAAUCGGUGAAGGAAACUACUUCAAAAUCAUAUUUUAGUGAUUUCGUAGUCCCAGCAAAUGCACGUGAGAAUAAAAUAUUCUUUGAAGUUGAUAACUAUGAAGGGGAUGAUAAGGAUCUUGAACCAAUUAGAGCUCAUAUUCGCAGCUGUCUUCGAGACAAUAAGGGAUCCAUGAAAGUUCCCAUUCGACCUGUUCAGCUAUUGUUCAGUAUCAUUCUUAGAAAAGAGUACCAGAUUGUGAAACUGGAAGAUUGUAUGAAGAUUGGCAACGAGUUGAAUAUGGACGAGGAUACUGUGGAUUUUACUCUUUGGUUUUUCAAUCAGUUAGGAACUAUUAUUUAUCGACCAGAGAUUGGUGGAUGGUUUAAGGACAAUGUCAUUUGUAGCCCACAAGUCAUCUUCAACAGUAUUAGUACGUUGAUAAUCGAGCCUCUACUGAAGCUUCACAGAAGUGAAGAACGUUUUGUGAAAAAGCAUCACGACAAUUGGGAAAAAGGACAGUUUUUACUCGAAACAAUUAAAAAAUCCCUACCCUCUUCUGGUGAUGACUUAACAGUUAUUCCUUUAGAAAACCUCAUCAUAUUUCUGAAACAUGUACAUCUGAUUUCAUCCAUCGAAGCAAAGGAGGUAAAUAUACGCGGUGAAACUUCGGUAGUUCGAUAUUUCAUGCCUGCUAUUCUAGAUUGUGCUACUCAAGCUGAAUUGUUAACAGCACCCGUUCCAAAUAAUGAUACUCCAGUUUCACUGCUCUUGUUCUUCAAGUAUGGUUCAAGUAAAGAGGUAGCAGAUUCUGUACCUAUUGGCCUUUUCUGUGCAAUGAUUGCUAAGUUAGUUUCGGAUGGAGAUGAGGAUAUUUUUGGAGCCGAAUGGAAACUUGUGGAUUCACGUGUUAAACGAAACAUUGUUUCCUUUCAUGUUGACGAUUAUAAUCACGUCGUUACAUUGGUCUCCCAUGCUGGUUGCUAUGAGAUACGCGUUACAAGAUCAGGAUUACAGGAUCAGGAUGCACCAAUUGAUCUGCACGACCUUUGUACUUAUGUCUACACAACAAUAAUGGCUGUGCUGAAAAAUUUGAACCAUUUCGUUUGUCCCACCAUUGGUUUCAUUUGCCCUUGUGGUCAGCACCAAGAUACAAGUCUCCGAGUACUCGACAACAGCUGUGUGAUUGUAGUCCCAAAGAGAGAUUCGGCCUUCUUCCGGUGCUUGAAAGCAAAGAAAAACUUCAGUCUUAUCAAUCAACAGUAUUAUCAUCCCUGGAUAACAAAGGAAACUAACGGUAACAGAGAAGUUGUACUAAAAGCAUUUCCAUUUGAUGAGCCAGAUGGUUUCUCAUUCUCGUGGUCUGGAAAGGGAUCACUAAAGCAACUCUCCACUACCACUAACGAGCUGUGUAUCCAAGCAGCUGAAUCAGGCGAUUAUUACAAGUGCUGUGUUAAGAAAGAGGAAACAGCCAGUUUCACUGUACACCACUUCAUCAAAACAGAUUGCCAUGGAUCAAGAAAGCACCAAAUGUCUAGUACGAUAUCUGAUGUCUCAGAGUCAACUGCUGAUGGACCUUCCAGACCAAAGAAACAAAAGCUGACUGCUGCUACUGGAACUGAAAAAAUGCUCAGUCCAACUGGAGAGGAAGUCGUAGCAAAACGUGACGAUCAUAGUCCUGUAAGUUGCCAAAUGAAUCAAUGGAUAUUUUCAACUUCUUAUGAAACAGUUCAGGAAUUAUUGUGGCCUGCUACGAGCAAAUGGUACAACUUGGGAACUGCUCUCAAAGUAGACAGGAACAAACUGGCAAGUAUCAAGAAAUCCAACCCAAAUAACUGCGAGGACUGCUUUAAUGAUAUGCUUAAGAGCUGCUCAGAGACGAACACCAGUCUCACUUGGACUGAUGUGUGUAAAGCCCUCAGGACAUCAACAGUGGCUCGUAAUGAUGUGGCAGAGAAGAUUGAGCAAUAUUUCGUACGAGACGAAUAGCGAUGAUAGUGUUUUAAGUAUAGAGGAAAGGUAGAUAGAAGAAAAAGAAUUAUGGCUAAAACAGGAACUUUAUGCAAAAACUUGGGCACAUUACAGCAUAUUUAAUUGUCACUAAUUUUUGUGUAUGCAUGUGAUGAAUUUCAUUAAAAUAUUAAAUGAGGAA